AUGGGUCUGGCGGACUCUUUGCGGAGCGCUCGACAGCCCACACUGUCAGGGGACUCCCGGCGAGGCCUUAUCGACUUGUGCGGCGGCUCGUGUGGCACACCCACCGUGGUGGUCCACAUCGAGGCCGAUGCACCCAUUGGCCACCGAGACGACCUGCCGAAGGCAGCUGCUGACCGGCUCCUGGCUUCUUUCUGCGAGGCGGUGCCAAAGCUUCGUGUGCUGCCCACCGAGGCCGAGCUGUCGGCCUUCUGGGUUGAAUGUGACCGCAUGGACCAGGCGCAACUUUGUGUUGCGAUCCGCCAGCAGUUGACGCGGAGCGCGGAGGGUCCAUGGCAACUGCAGGCACGCGUGCUGCGAGUCCUGAUAUCGGCCUUCGGCCGACAGCCCCGUGGAAGGGCUCUAGCCUCGUCGGCUCUUGCAGGGAGCAGCGAGGGCCUGGUCAGACAGCUGGCGUCGGCAGAGGUCCCAGAGGUCCGCGAUGAGGCCGCGCGCGUCGUGCAGCUCCUCGAGCUUUCAAGGUCCCUCCCAGCAGGGGAGUCCUUGCAAGACGUUGCCAGAAAAGGCGGCUUGCUCUCUUUCACGGCCACCGCGCCAGCUGCACCGGCCCCCUCGGCCGUGGCUGAGCCACCGCGGAGGUCACGAAAGGAGUUCGAGGCCUCGGUCGACCUCCUGGACCUUUCGCCAAUGCCCACCCUGGAGCCUGCUGCCGCGCCGGGGCCGGCUGCCUCACAGGUUCCGGCUGCCCGUCGCCCGCGCGAGAGCAGUGCCAGCGCUGGGGCAUCGCCAACAGGCAGUGACGGCGCCAUAUCCCAGCUGAAGGAUCUCAUCUUUGCCCCGGCCCCCGAGCGCUACCACCUCGGAGAUCCCGAUGCAGAGUGUGGCAACCAGGAGCUGGAGCAGAUGUACAGCUUUGUUCUGCGUCCCAAGACCGCCAUCCCGUACGUCCCGCCCAGGGAGGCGAAGGCCGUGUCCAAGCCCAACGAUCCUUUUGAGUUCGUGUCCGACCACGUCCGGGAAAUGACGGUGACUUGA